UAUGUAUUGCGUGGGCUACGCACUUUGCAUCCCUCUACCAAACUCCCUUCAAUGUUAAAAAUUAUAAUUUUUCCUUGUUUUUCAGAAAAUGUUCCUAACUAUCAUAUUCUAACUCCAACUGAACAGGAUGGUCAACAAACUGGGAAUUAUGGCAAAUUAAUUUCUUUUGAUCCAAAUGUUCCUGGAUAUGCUCCCGAAAGUAAACUUUAA